GCGUGGUUGGCAGAGUGGUCAACAAGAAAAUCGUAUUUUAUAGGUUAAGUAUUUGGGGAAUUUGCCUGCAGUGUGCCACGUGCGUAAUGACGAGUAUGUAUUUAAAUAGAAGAAUUAAGGCGUUGAGGCUCUAUGAGGGAAAGAGAGCAUGUCAGAGUAGUUUACCCUGACGGGGGCUGUGGAAAGGAAUUACUAAUUUCUCACACCAACACUGGCACAUCCGUGCGCAUCUAUGUCACCACCGGACGGGUCUCCAAGUCAAUGGAUAAAAAGGAACAGAAGGCAGCAGAAUGGUUGUUGCGGGAGCGAGUAACGGAACCGUCGGUAGUGGCAACAUGAGGUCGUCGUACAUGAUAGACGAUAGACUUGGUGGCGGAGAUCCCGGGAGCUCCACCAACAUGAUGAUCUUGGAGGAUCUUGCGCCCCGGCUGCUAAAGAUUGCACAAGGCGCUGCAGAAGCAGCAGCAGCAGCGGCAGUGGCAGCAGCAACGACGUCUCCAUCCACCACCAGUCAGCCGCAGGUCAUGGAGACGAACGGGACCCGAUGCGGCGAGCAGAUCCUGAGCUACGGCUGGGCCGAGAAAAUCCUGAUUGGCGGGAUCCUCACCAUGCUCACACUGUCCACCAUUUGCGGGAACUUGCUGGUGGUCAUCUCCGUGUGCUUUGUCAAAAAGCUGCGCCAGCCGUCCAACUAUCUGAUCGUUUCGCUUGCCGUGGCGGACCUGUCAGUGGCCCUGGCCGUGAUGCCGUUCGUCAGUAUCACGGAUCUAAUUGGUGGUCAGUGGAUAUUCGGACAGUUCUUCUGUAACGUUUUCAUCGCCAUGGAUGUGAUGUGCUGCACCGCGUCCAUCAUGAGUCUGUGCGUAAUCAGCAUUGAUAGGUAUCUGGGUAUCACAAAACCCCUGACGUAUCCUGUCCGGCAAACCGGCUGCUGCAUGGCCAAGAUGGUGCUGUCAGUGUGGCUCCUCUCAGCCUCCAUCACCCUCCCUCCUCUUUUCGGCUGGGCACAGAAUGUCAAUGACGGCAGAGUCUGCCUCAUCAGUCAGGACUUCGGCUACACCGUCUACUCCACAGCUGUUGCGUUCUACAUCCCCAUGUCAGUGAUGUUGAUCAUGUACAACCGCAUCUACCGUGCGGCCAAACUCAGCGCCGCCAAGCACAACAUCACCUGCUUCCCCAGGGAAGGGGAGCGCGGUGCGCGCGCGGCUCCUCGAGGGGGAAGAAGAGGGCAAGAGGCCCACCGGCCAGCGGUAUCAGGAGAAACAGGAAGUGUUGAAGGGACAGAGGCUGAGCAGGAAGCCGAGGAAGAGGAGGAGAGCUUGGACUGCGUGGCAGCGGCGUUGAAGCUCCAGCGUGAGGUGGAGGAGGAGUGCAGCACGCGUGUCUCGCGCCUCCUCAAGACCGGUGAACACCACCAACGCCGGAAGAGGAAAAACCAGUCCAUCUUCAAACGGGAGCAGAAGGCUGCCGCCACUCUGGGCAUCGUGGUCGGCGCCUUUACCUUCUGCUGGCUGCCAUUCUUCUUGGUGUCCACUGCCAGGCCAUUCGUCUGCGGUGUGGAGUGCAGCUGCGUGCCGCUCUGGCUGGAAAGAACUCUGUUGUGGCUGGGAUACGCCAACUCCCUGAUUAAUCCCUUUAUUUAUGCAUUUUUCAACCGUGAUCUGAGGACCACAUACAGUAACCUCCUGCGGUGCCGCUACCGGAACAUCAAUCGGAAGCUGUCAGCGGCUGGCAUGCAUGAGGCUCUGAAACUGGUGGAGAAGCCAGACACUGAUAUGUAAAGUUCAGUAUCAGCGAUGCUGCAGAGAUCAACAGAGACAGCCAGGGAAAAUGCCAGAGGGGUUUAGACUGUGGCACACAGCCACCACUCUGCCAAAAUGGUUAUUUCCUCAAAUUUGUACAAUGAUCGCUGAGGUGAGAGGAGGCGGGAUGAAAUGGAUGCAUAUGAAGGAACACUGAAGAAGCUUAAAUCUUUUCUUUUUCUUGGAAUUGGGAAAAAUUUAGGAAAGGUUGAACUCAGUGGUGAAAGAUUUAUAUUGUCUGAAUUGUGGCUGCUGCAGUGGACUAUUUGUAAAGUGCUGUACAGUGUAACUACUGUACAACAAUUGUAAUGAUGGUUGCUACCUUGGUGCAUUCAAAGCUGAUUGCUAGCCCACUAAACAAUCAUUUGCACAUGACAUUGUUACAAAAGUCGGUGGUGCUACACACUGACUUUGUACUCGCCUACCAUCACGAGUUGAAACUUUCUAACUCAGUAGCCAGUGUCUUGUAUUUUUGGAUUGAGCCAAUGAAAACUUGCCCUCACAAACAAAGAAUGGAGGAGUUCUUGGAGGUCAGGCGGGCCAUGUGGCUAAAACACCAAAUGUACACACCUUGGUCCCUGGUCGUCACAGUGACACUGUUUUUCACCGCGUCUAAACGUUGAGUUUCCUUCAUUGGACAAGCGUGACAACAAGUGGACAAGUUAUGAUAAAAUCUCAACUGACAUGUAAAAUUUGUACACAAAUGGAUCACCACAUCGAUCCAGAGGUCAAAAGGGCUCGCUCUGAUGAUCUAUCAUACCUGAUAUGAGUUUAUAUCUUUUGAAGAUGCUUUUUUUGGGGGUCAAUAUCACUGUGUUGAAUGUGCCAAAACAUUUCUUCUUCUAUUCAAGACACGACCACUACUUACUUGUAAAAACUAUUUAUGGAUCAAUCAAGAUCAGAUGUUUUGUUAUCAGGCUGCUUGCUCUCUUAUGAACACACAAGCGUUUUUAGGAAAUGAUGUAAGGAACUAUAGUCGGUGAUAGGAUGGAAGCCAACACGCCAGAGAGGAAGUACGGAGAACCAUGAUCUCCAUUGUGUCGUUUGGUUGCAGCACAUAAUAGUCUCUGUUCAAACUAUGCACCUUGUGCUUUGGAUUUCACACAAUGUGUGACAGUCUCCUCUGGGCUGAUCGUGGCUCAGUUUUAUCCCUGUUGUGUGUUACGUCACACAAUAGCUUGUGAAACAGUCACUAUCCAGACAAAAGCAAACGGAGGAGUGGAUCAUGGUUAAAACUCGGAGCUUUCAGGAUGACCUACUUUUCUCUUGUACGUUCUUAUAUUCGGUGACACCAUCCCAAGCCAUAUCCCUUUCACACCAAGUCAUUAUCAAUUUAACAACUGAUAAAAAGUAUUAAAUAAAUGUCCAUCAAGACUUAUUAGACCCCCAAAGGUAAAGUCUUCAAAUUCCUUGUGUCUUCUGACAAAUAGCCCAAAACCCAAAGACAAUUAAUUUCCAGUGAAAACAGACAGAAGCAGUAAUUCCUUGCAAUCGAGAGGCUGAUUCCUGCAAUUUGUGGGCAUUUUUGCUUGAUAAAUCAGUAUUUCUCUAUAAUAUGAAACAUUUAUAAGGAAAAAAAACAUUCUUAGUUGGUAUUUAUUAAACAUUAAACACAAACAAUUUACGAUAAUCUUCUUAAUCAAGAUUGUGUGGCCUGGUAAAAUACCCCGAGACACUGAUCAUUUCAGUACUUUCGUUACCAACAUUGGCAAGUAGGCUAUCAUGCUUUUCACCUGUUAAGCUAUUAUUGAGUUCUAUGGGAUCACAGACACUAAUUACAGAGACGCAGGAUCUGAUGUCUCUCGGGCUAUUAAUCUUGGGUGAGGCUCAGAAUAGAAAUCUGAUUUGGGCGUAAGAAGAGAAAGAGCAGAUGAUAGCCGGUGCCUCAUUGGUGCUUUCAAGCCCGUCCCACAGAGAUUAGAUUCUCUGCUCAGAGUUUCAAAGCACAGCUUUAACUGUAUGCACAUAAAAAUGUCAUUUGAUGUUAAUGUCAUACCUUGUGUAUAGUAACAGGAAUAAGUUCUUACUGUAUGUUGAGUGUAAGCACCCUCACAUGACAGCUGGGACAUGCUUAGUCCUAUUUCUACCAUUUUUUUGGAUUAUUAUUGUGUACAGAGACUAGUAGCAAAGAGGUGUCACCGCAGUAUUGGUUUUGUGUUAUGGACUUUUUACUACGAGUAUUAUAUGUCCUUGUUAACUUGAAUUUGUACCGCAACUAACUGAGAAGAAGCAACCGAGGGCAGUUAGUCAAUUUCAUAAAUAUCUCUUUUUACAGAGGAAGUGUGAACACUGUAAUUGCUGAAUUUAAUUCUCCUUCUAAUUAUUAAUUAAAGCUGCUCUGUGGAAGAUUUCUUAAACACACCCAGCAUCUGAGCCUUAAUCGCCAAGUGGGACUGCAACAGCGAUGCUGUAGAUUCACCCAGUUUGCCAAAAUAAUCAAAAAAGAAAGCUGGCAUUGAUUUUGAUCAUUGGUGGGAAGUUCUCAUCCACAUUGUAAGUUACAAACUGAAGAACAAAAUACAAACGGUCUACUAGACUAACACAAGCUUUUGUUCUUACCUUUUUCCCUCUAAUUCUGCAUCUCUUUGGAACGCAUGAUUCUGUUUAUGGGUACAAAAUUUCUUUAAAAAGUGAACUAUUCCUGCUACGUAUCUAUCUUCUACGGUCAUUACCGUGUGAAAAUCCUUUGCUGCCAUAGUUCAUGGUUCUGCACAUUCAUGCCUGCAGCAUUUUAAGUAAAGGAAUCGGCUCACUUCGGGGGCUGUGAGCUGAAAAGUUUACGGACCGCUGAACUGUACUCUUUUCUGGGCUCGGUGCCGACAUGGCACGGCUCCAUUUCCUGGCGUAGAAUUUAUGGAGAGUGUUUUGCCAGUGGAUAUGAGCAGGGGCACAGAAGAGCAUUCAAAACAGAGAAGAUCCAAAACCUCUUGUGGAGCACAACAAUGGUAUACAUUCACAAUGAAAACUAAUGUAGAAGUGAAGUUGACAAUAUCUACAUAUUAAAAUAUUACCAAUAACACAAUAUCAGCUCAUGUGUUGACGGAACUAAAAAUCAACAAACCAGGGAGUUAACAAUGGCACAGUCAUGAUAAUCACAAAAGAAAAGCAAGAACAACAUCUAGUUUGUCUUUACAUCUCAUACCAUACAAAUGGCUUUCGGGUGAUGUUAUCAUCACAUAGAGAGGAAGACAGAGAGGAGAGAGAUGUGUUAAACGGUAUAUUAAAGAUAGAAGCACACCUGUCGCAUUCAACGGUUGUCAGCUGCAUCUCAGCCUCAGACAGGCUGACGAGUGUGACUGAAUGUUUCCUCCCGUUGAAAGUAAUAGAGUUAAAAAAAACUUCUCCGUUGCUCCACUCGGUGAUCGGCCCGAAAACACUCUGGUGGCCACAUAAAUGUAUCUGAUCAAACUAAUCACAACUACUGAUGAAAGUACCAAAGUGAACAACAGCCCAAUCUUUUUUAGGUUCCAGCCUUCUUUACCUUUUAUUAUUUAUUAUUUUGGAACUGAACUAUGGUGCCAGACCAAGCUGCUAAGAUCUUUACGGUGCAACCUGAAAGCCUAUAUCUCAAAAAUGAUUUAGUCUUUCCUGAUUUAUAAUAUGUGACAAUUGUACUCUCUCAAUGUUGUGGAGAAGCUAUUCUGACUACGCAUUUUAUUGUUUUCAUGAUCAUUUGAUGUUUGUCCUUUCUUAAGUGUCAGCUGGUGAUCAGGGCUUCCCAAAGGGGGCCAAAGAUGAAUCUAAGAAGUUGCAAGAUGAUUAACAAGGUAUAGGGAAGUAGAAAAACAUAUUGCUACAUACAUUUUGCUUUUUAUCUUGUGUAAUAUUGUGAAAUAUACCACCAAAAAAAUAACACUGCAACCUGUGAUGAGGGUCAAAAAGAUAAACAGCCUGUAAAAUGUGGAGAUCUGUGUUGACGGCAGCUAAAAAGACGCACCAACCAAAGUUCUAAUAAUUGAAUGGCACAGACCUGAUGGCUGUCAAACAAAAGAUGGUUCCAGAGUAUCCUCCAUGUGAGGAAACUGACUGUUAACAUAACACUUAAAUAAAAAGUAUUGCCUUUUUUAAGGAUGAUGGAUAACAUAAGACCUAAGAUUGAAAUGAGCCAUUUUUAAACUAACUGCUACAUGUCUGCUGCUACUAGAUACUAUAUAAGUGUGCCAGAAAUGUCUACAACUUAGAUGUUUGUGCCAACAGAUGCUCAGCCUGAGAAUGUCCUAGAGGCCACAAUACACCACGAUGUAGUCCUGUUUCAGAGUAUUUAAUCACCCUUUUAUAGGAUAUUUGUACCAAAGGGGAUGUUCUUUAAAUACAACAUUGAUCCUGCAGGACUUUGUACUGUCACCAGCAUCAAGCAAGACAAGCUUUAUGGGAUUCCUCUGGAGGGAAGCAUUGCAUUGACCAAUCAAAUUGCUAUAUUUCUUGCAAAAUAACCCACAAACAAUUACUGUUGACAAGACUGUAAAAUAUGUUGUUAGUGCAGUCCCGGUGAACCCUUGUUGUUCCAGUAGUAGAAAUGUUUGGUUUUUACCUGAAUUGCAGGAUAUUAAUACCCUUUAAAAAAAAAGUUUUGUGACCUAUGAGGCAAUUUCAAUUCCUAGAAAAAAACUUUGAAAAAUGCAAGUUAUAAAUCAAUAUGAAAGGUCCUAAGAAAGACAGCAGUGCUGUAGGAUUCCACGGGAACAUAUUGUAUGUGGUGUUCUACUAUUAACACUGUAGCGAACAGACAACGGACAACUUUAAACACGGUGAUGGAAGUACUCUACCCUUCAAUGAGAAGGCUUGAGAUCUGUGUCAAAUGUAAAUAUAUCCUACAGUCUGUCCUGUUUUAUCGGGACAGUGCGUGAUGAGAAAAUGUGUGCAGUGACGUCUUUUGCUCAAACGAAUACACCUAAAAAUGAAAGAAUUAGAAAAAUUAAAGAACUUCUUUCAGUGUGAA